CUGAGUUUGAAACGUCGUCGAACGACGUCACUUGGGUUCCUACUCUCCUGCAUUUCCUUCGCUCGCAUGGUCGUUCGUUUCGCCUCCGACUAAUCUACCGUGAACACAAUGCCCGUUAAAUGGGUUUUGCACUGGCAACCGAAUGCAGGAACAACAGUGAACAGUCAAAUCCUCACAGAAGUCUCUCAGUGUGUUGAGGGCAUCAAUGGCGUCAAAGAAGGACGAUGGAAAGCUACCCUGACCUUCUAUAGACCCAUGCUUAGAGAACAAGCGAAUAUGGCGGAAUUUCCCCGUGAUUUUUUGGGGAUUUCGUUGCCGGAGCAGCCCAAUAAAUACUACUUUGUAAUUCGGGGGCAGCGGUUAGUUCUCGAGGCGGAUUUAACAAUUCAGACGAUAAUGGAAAGAUUGCAGUCUUACAAAGCGAGGGUUGCACUUAAUUUUGAGGGUUUUCAAUAUCAACUUGGUGACUUCCAGUUGAGAGUGGGGAAAGUGGUUCCAAACCACGCUGAAAGCUUGAGGGGAAUACUUAUGGAGGUGGAGUAUCUUCCCAUAUCUUCGUGGGACAAAUCCCACCAAAUCAUGGAAGAAUUCUUUGACAUAUGGCAAGAAGCCCUGUCAAAAAGAUCAUUGCCUGGUCAUUUCGUGCAUAUAGAACCAAGCUUUGGAGAGUUUGGUCUCUCAGAACAAUACACUUCACAGCACACUGCCAUUCAGUAUGCUAGUAUUGUGGCUCAAAUGAUAGCAACAGCUCAAUCGGCACAAUCAGUGAGAAAUUAGAUAUGAGGGGUGUCGAUUCCACAUGUUGUUAUGCUUGUAUGUGUUCACUAAGGGUAGUGUUGCUAAAACCACCCUCUUUUUGGUGCAAACCUUGUAAUGCAAAAUACUCUAUUCUUGGUGAAAAGCAUGAAUAGAAAUGGUAACAUACUAGUGCCUUCUAUUUAACACUGUUUUUUUCAUUUAUAUUGUUUGCAUCAUUUUAAGAUCUGCUAAAAACUAACCAAUCUGCCAUGGAUUGCCCUACUGGUUGCGCAAUGCAUACUCAUUUUGGGUGGGGCUGAGCACCAUCAAACUUAACCGUAGAGAACUUAAUUCUGAAAAUUUGUUGUCACCCCGAAGAGGGGAUAAUCUUGGAACCCAACUGCUGGGCCAUUCUUUGUCUUGAUGAUUUGAAUUUCAUUCAUUCGAUUUGUGUGAUAAUGGGAUUUAUAACUUGUGUUGUAUCCAUUGCUAACAUGUUGGUCUUGGCCAACUAUAGGUCUUUUAGUUUCUUAUUUUAAGAACAAUCCAUUUGAUCCAAUAAUGGGAAGCUCUUGUAAUAUAAUUGUUCAUGCUGCUUGAUCAUGUAUUUAUCUGAUGGUGGAUUGGAGGUCUACAUCACUAUCCGUUCUGUUUGAUUUUGUGAUAUGAUUCUUGAUUUGUUCAGUGAUAAAUCUUUUCUUUGAAUCAGGAUGUAACCAGAUCACUCAUUCUG